AUGGCCAUUCCGGUCGCUGGCCGUGGGCCAGAAGUUGCUGGCGUAUACGCUCUAUUCACCACUCUGACAACCGUCACUAUGGCCCUUCGCGUCUACUGCCGGGCUAUCUUCGUUGCACAUGCCUCUUGUGCAUUCCUCGGUGUUCGCCAUGGCACUGGCCAGCAUGCAUGGGACAUCCAGCCUCCUUCAGAGAUCCAAGCCGGGCUUAUGUGGUGGUGGAUGUGUGAGUUUAGCUAUGUCCUUUCGAACAUGUUUAUCAAAGCAAGCAUCGCCAUCAUGCUUCUACGACUCACCAUCGUCCGCACCCAUCGCCUUAUCAUUAUCGUCACAAUAAUUGUUACCGAAAUCUACUCUACCGUCUUCUUCUUCCUAUUCGUCUUCCAGUGCAUGCCCAGCAAGUAUUUCUGGACUCAGGUUGGCGGCGGAAGAGGUUCGUGCAUGGAUCCAUCCAUCACCGUCAACUCCGCCUAUGCAUACUCAGCAAUCAUUUGCGUCGGCGACUGGAUCUUCGCCAUCCUGCCCUUCUUCAUCGUCUGGAAUCUACAGAUGAGCACCCGCCAAAAGCUCAUGGUCGCCCUGAUUCUAUCAAUGGGAGCCAUCGCAUCGACUGCCACCAUCAUCCGUAUCCCGUACAUCCACACGCUCAACAACAAAGCGGAUUUUCUCUACGCCACCACCGAUGUUGCCAUCUGGUCCAGUUCCGAAACCGGGCUAGGCAUCACCGCCGCCAAUACCGCGACCCUCCGCCCUCUAGUCCGCUCCUGGCUCAACAACACGCAACUAGCCUCUACCGCGCGCUCCAUUGCGCGUCGACCUAGUUUCCGCCGUGGCCCAUCCAGUGGCGCUGGCGCCGGCGCCGGCAGCAGACCCCGUCCCAAGAUCAGCGCCCCGGUCCCCGUUGCCCGUGCCAGCAUCUCUGCCGGCCGCGGCUGCUUGCGGAGCCAUCGCCGCCGAGACGAUUGCAACCUUGAAGAGGGAAGAAAUGAUAUGAAAAUUAUGAAGACAACGGCAAGGGUCAUGGUGGAGAAUGACUAUGACGAACAUGACCUGAUGAGUAUUGAGUUAGACAGUGUCCAUUCCGUAUCGACGAACGGAGACGCAGAGAGCCUGGGCUCAAAGGCACACAUUGCGGUGGCCGCGCCGCCGCCACCCCCAAAGGACCCGCGGAGUCACUGCCGAUGCAACUGCAAGGCAUUGGACUUUGAGCAGGUUCGGUCGAUCCUGGAAGGGACGUGGAUCGGAUCGAUGGGUGGCGGUGGUAGUGGUGGGGCGGGUCCGAGCGGAGAGAAAAGCAAAGACAAGGUGCCACAGGGAUAG